UUGUGUGGUGUUAAAUUAAAGAGUAUAAUGCCUCCCAAAUCAGCGAAAAAAGAUCACAAAUCCAUCUGGUGGAAGUGUGAGCAAUGUAGGGCGUGGACACUGACAGCGGAACUGGCCAAGCAUCAGGUGGACUGUAAGAAUUUGGAUGUUCUAACAGGAUACAUAACAGAGACGAAUGAGUUUCAUAGCACCCGCUUUGAAUGUAGCCAGCUAACAGGUACAGCUGAAGAGCUCAAGGAAAUGAGCGAUGUCCAGUUGAAUGGAUUGGUCUUAUUGAGCAGCGCUGUGAUGAAUAAACUGGAACUCGUCCUAGGAGAUUUAGUCGAAGUUAAUCUAAGAUGUCUUAACACCUCGCAUGCUCUUAAAUUUGUUAGGUGUGCUUGGCCGAUUGACGAGAAGCAUGGCUCACGUGUUCUAAGUGCUCACAUUGAUGAAGUGCCAAUUUCGGCACAAACCAAUGUAUGUGUUUGUAUAAAGCCAUUUAAACUAAAGGUUGCAAACGUUGAUGAAUUGACUGUAGCACUGAGUGGAGAAAAGCUAACUACAACCGAUGAAAUCCAUAAGAAUGGGCAGACCUUCAUGCAGUUAAUCCGUAGACAGCACCAAGGACGUAUUUUAUCGAACCAAAAUUUAUUGUUUCUCAGACUUUGUAACAAAGGAUUCUCCUUCAAAAUUGUUAAGAUCCUGCUGAGGAAUGAGAAUCGCGAUCUGGACUGUGAAUUCAAAAACUUAUCCCUGGAAUGCAGGUAUUUCAAAAUCGAUCGUGAUACUAAGAUUUCCAUAUGCAGUAACGAUACUGGUGGACCACAUGUUUUAACAAAAUCGGUGUUCAACCUCGAUAACAUUGGUGGUUUGGGAGCAACCAUCCGAGAAAUUAAGGAAAUAGCUGAAAUAGCGUUAGGUCAAACUAAAGCAGCUCAUGCACCCAUCAGUCGAGGAAUUCUGUUGUAUGGCGUUUCUGGAUCUGGAAAAACUCUGCUCGUCAACUCACUUGCAGAAUAUUUUCAGUGUCUUGCAAUUAAAGUCGAUUGCUCGGAAAUAUUCAGUAAGUUUUACGGAGAAACUGAAGGUAACAUUAAAAAGAUAUUUGACAAAGCGUUCAUCAACUAUCCCAGUCCAACCAUUGUUAUUAUCGAAGAGAUUCAUAAUAUAUGCCCAAAGGGAGAUUCUUCUGAUAUAAUCAAACGGAUUUCUAACUUUCUUGUCAAUCUGAUGGACAGCUUGCAUAGUUCCCCAAAAGCUGGCAGAAUUCUCGUGCUAGGAACCACCGACAAUCCUGAUAAUAUUAAUCCAUACAUGAGAAGAGGAGGCCGGAUGGAUUACGAGUUUGAACUUCCUGUUCCCGAUGCACAGGCUCGUGAAGAAAUAUUAUCGAAGAUUCUAUUGUCCUACAAACACUGUCUACAGGUUGAGGACAUAAAGAAACUCUCUCUCGUAACUCAUGGGUACAUUGGCGCAGAUUUGGUUAGCUUAGUUGGUCGAGCAACGCAAGAAACAGAUUCACUGAUCAGCUAUACUAACAUGGAAACAGCUUUACAGUAUGUGAAAGCCAGUGCAAUGCGAGAAAUAAUGAUUGAAUGUCCUAACGUGCACUGGAGCGACAUAGGUGGACAACAUGAUUUAAAACUUCAAUUGCGCCAGAUCAUCGAUUGGCCAAUUCACCGUCCAGAGAUCUUUGCUCGUCUAGGCAUUACUGCACCACGAGGGUUGCUGAUGUUUGGCCCACCGGGUUGUUCGAAAACAAUGAUAGCAAAGGCUAUUGCUACCGAAAGCAAAUUGAAUUUUCUGUCCAUUAAGGGUUCCGAGCUUUUUUCCAUGUGGGUUGGUGAAUCUGAACGAGCCGUGCGCGAACUGUUUCGCAAAGCACGACAGGUGGCACCGUCCAUAAUAUUCUUUGAUGAAAUAGAUGCAAUCGGCGGUGAAAGAUCGGCAGAGUCUGGGAGCUCAGUGAAAGAGCGAGUAUUAGCUCAAAUAUUGACUGAAAUUGACGGAGUGAGCGUUUUAAAGAACGUUAAAAUCAUUGCUGCUACAAACAGACCAGAUCUAAUCGAUAAAGCUCUUAUGCGACCUGGAAGGCUUGAUCGAAUCAUUUACGUCAGACUGCCGGAUCACGAAACGCGGAAAGAAAUAUUCAAAAUUAAGCUUUCAAAAAUUCCGGUAGCAACGGAUGUGGAUAUUGACAAUUUGGUUGCACGCUCUGAGGGAUAUUCUGGUUCGGAAAUCGAAGCCAUCUGCCAGGAAGCGGUGUUGAAAGCAUUGGAGGACUCAUUCGAUUCUACGGAAAUAUCGCAGAAAUACUUUGAUCAUGCCUUUCUUGUUGUGAAGCCUCGUACUAGUGCGGAAUUAUUGCAGCUUUAUGACAAUUAUCUAAAGCAACAGCAACAUUGAAGAUUAAUUGCGAAAUGAUAUGAGAAAAAAUAUAAACGACUAUAAAUUGAAA